AGCACGCAGUCGUGCAGUAGCGGGCGUGCUCAGCGGUCAGGCACUCCAAGUCUCCCGAGUGCUGCGUUCUAGGAGCUAUGAGCCGCGCAGUCGGGGAGCGAGUCUCUUCGCUUCUGGUCCUGUGGCUGCUGCUGGGCAGCUGGGUGUGCCCCGGGAGCCCUGAACUGCGGGCCCCUCCGGAUAAGAUCGCGAUAAUUGGAGCUGGAAUUGGUGGCACUUCGGCAGCCUACUAUCUGCGGCAGAAAUUUGGGAAAGAUGUGAAGAUUGACGUUUAUGAAAGAGGAGAGGUGGGGGGCCGUCUGGCCACCCUGACUGUACAGGGGCAAGAAUAUGAAGCAGGAGGUUCUGUCAUCCAUCCUUUAAAUCUGCAUAUGAAGCGUUUUGUCAAGGACCUGGGUCUAUCUACUGUUCAGAGUUCUGGAGGCCUAGUGGGGGUCUCUAAUGGAGAGACUCUGGUGUUUGAGGAGAGCAGCUGGCUUAUAAUUAACAUUAUUAAACUAAUUUGGCAGUAUGGAUUUCAGCCCCUUCGAUUGCAUAUGUGGGUAGAGGAUAUAUUUGACAAGUUUAUGAGGAUCUACCGCUACCAGUCUCAUGACUAUGCCUUCAGUAGUGUAGAAAACUUACUACACUCUCUAGGAGGGGACGACUUCCUUGGAAUAUUUAAUCAAACACUACUUGAAACCUUGCAGAAAGCAGGCUUCUCUGAGAAAUUUCUCGAUGAAAUGGUUGCUCCCAUCAAUAGGGUCAAUUAUGGCCAAAGCACAAACCUCAAUGGCUUUGUAGGGGCAGUGUCACUAGCUUGUACUGAUUCUGGCCUUUGGGCAGUAGAAGGUGGCAAUAAACUUGUUUGCUCAGGGCUCCUUCAGGCUUCCAAAAGCAACCUAAUAUCUGGCUCAGUAAUGUCCAUUGAGGAGAAAACAAGGACCAAGCAGACUGGAAACCCCACAAAGAUGUAUGAAAUUGUCUACCGAAGUGGAUCUGGGACCCAUUCAGACUUCUAUGAUAUCAUCAUGGUGGCCACGCCAUUGAAUCAAAAAAUGUCCAAUAUAACUUUUCUCAACUUUGAUCCUCCAAUUGAGGAAUUCCAUCAAUAUUAUGAACAUAUAGUGACAACUUUAAUUAAGGGAAAGUUGAAUUCAACUGCUUUUAGCUCUAGAGCCUUAGAUAAAUUUGACCUCCAUACUGUCUUAAUCACUGGUAAUUCAGAUUUGUUUAUUAACAGCAUUGGAAUUGUGUCCUCUGUAAAAGAUAAUAAUGAUCCUCAACCAUCAACAGAUGGAACAUAUGUUUGGAAGACCUUUUCCCAGAAGACUCUUACCAAAGAGCAAAUUUUAAAGCUCUUUUUGUCCCAUGAGUAUGCUGUAAAGCAGCAAUGGCUUGCAUAUCCCCACUAUAAGCCUCCAGAGAAAAGCCCCCCCAUCAUACUCCAUGAUCGACUUUACUACCUGAAUGGCAUAGAGCGUGCAGCAAGUGCCAUGGAAAUGAGUGCCAUUGCAGCCCACAAUGCUGCUCUCCUUGCCUAUCACCGCUGGAACGGGCACGCACACAUGAUUGACCAAGAGGACUUAUAUGAGAAACUGAAAACUGAACUAUGAGAUAACACUUUCCCCCAAACCUCCCUCCUAGUUUCAAAUGGGAUAUCACUGGCAAAAAAGAACACAAUCUGAGCAGAGACACUUUGAAUCAAAUAUUUUGCCAUUAUCAUUGUUUAAUGAGAAUAACCCCAGUGAGUUAUGAGAAAAUACAAGGUCUAAUUAAGUGUGAA